AUGUUUCCGACUAACAAGUUUUUGGGACGUAAUGUGGAAUUAGGGAAGAGGUUUUGGAAUGCAAAGCUUAUGGUGCAUUGGCUUUCCAAUUGUACGACAAAUGGUGGAAGCAUGGUACAACCGAGACAUUCAUCAAUGAGUGACUGGGUUGUUUACAUGGACCGAAGAACAAAUGAGAUCAAGAUUAAGGAUGCUGGAGGUAUCUCUAGGUUUGAGUUCAAUGCUCCUUACCAGGACGUAUAUGAUUUCAGCUCAGCAUAUUUUCAUGACAGUGAUGGUUCUUCGGUUGAGAUAAUAGAAAAUCUGUCUCCAUGA